AUGCUCUCCCUUGGCGAGCAAAUCACAGCGUUAAGUAUCUGUGCAUCUGAUAAUGAAGCUCUUAACUUUUCCUUUGGGAGUCGUGAAUUCACCAUGCGAGACAUCGGGCAGCGAUUCUUGGCCUUCCUGUUCAUCGAUUCUGCCGUGCAUGUAAAACGCAAGCCAAAUGCGAGACAUUCCAGGUUUUCGCUGAGCGGAGGCCCAGAGCCUAGAAUGAGCACUCCGCGCAGCAAUCCAAUCGCAGGCGACCUUCUUCACGUAAACACCAUCCUUCUGGAAGGGAAGAGAUCUUCGGAAUGCGAUGAAUGCGAAGUUGUUACCUUCCACGUUGAGUUCUUAGAAGGCUCAAAAAGAGAGAGAUCGUCUAAAUUUGAACAUAGUAUUGCUGAAAAGAGAGUGUGCGAGAGACGAAAGGUGGUCAAGGUGCAGCAUUCGGGAUGCAGACUUAGCCACAACGUCGACUCAUCCCUUAAGAAUACAGGGUAUAUGAUCAUUGAAGGUUUCCAGGAUAAACCCGAGUUGAAAAUUGAUGAUGCUAGCCACACUGGAUUGCUUUGGGGGAUAAAUAGAGUGCCAAGCAAUCAGCUUCCCAUCAUCAGCCUUCAACCAGCCCUUCUAGGAACCGAAAAAUUGAGUGUGACCUUUGAAUUUUUGAUGCGGAAGAAGCGCACUGGUGUCACGAGCAUUCCCUUACGAAAACACUACCACAUCUUGUCACCUAACUGGGUUAAAUCUUCACGGCGAAUGUUUUAUGUUAGGUACGAAUAUCCCGUAGGCCGAGUGAGCUCCUUUGUCACAGCGGAAAACUUACUCGACCACGGGAGGAAAGAGAAGGCCACACUAGAGAAUACUAGUCACUUUUAUCGCCGCCUAGCUACCGUGGUUAUGAUUGAGGAAGAAGCGCGGAUCUGCUCUCAUUCUCACAACUACCAUGCGUGCACACGCUUGCAAUCCAGGAUACUAAUAACAUACAGUGAAUACAAGAAGGAGAGUAGGAAAGGAAUCAAUGCAAUGCCUUCGACUUCUUCGCUCCUUGGACGAACGAAAAACUACCUCGGCAAAAUGAGCUAA